AUGGUAUCUGAGAUGGUGAAAACUGUUGCCCACUUCAAUUGUUGUCGGAUGAAGGGGAGGCUAUGGGGAGCGGGGAGGGGGAGCGGGGAGGGGGAAAGCGAAGCUAUGAGAGGAGAAGAGAAAAUGUAUUAA